GCUGGGACAGCAGGUAAUUGUCUCAGUCAACCUCGGCGGCAAACAGUCGAGACUACAAAAGCAGGGGACGACACCAGCAUCUUGCACACAUCUCGUUUACCUUCGCGCUACCCAGCUUAGGUCCCCUUGGCCAAAGAAGCAGGUGAAGUAGGAGACAGACCUGGACAUGUAUCGUGUAACCCUACUGUGCGGCGCCCUGGCCGUCUUCUGCCAGGCAUAUCCCCACGAUUCCUACUCCUACCUCCCUCAAAGAGGCCGGGCUGAGGAGUGGGUGAGUCAGACCCAAGUAGGGGAGAAGCAGGAGCUGGAAGGAUGGCAGAAACAGAAACUUGCCGAGAUUGACGAGCUGCUCAGCAAACAGAAAAGUAAGAGUGUGUACGCUGAGCGCGACGCUUACGCGUACGGCGCAGACACUGACGUAGUCAGCAGUCCUCUUCGUCCCACCUACGUCUACACAUCCCCCAUCCGAAACUCCGUCUUCAGUCCCCUAGAGAGAUCCAGCUUCCUCCCACUUCGUCUAGCGGACAACAGGCUUCAGACGACAGAUUCCCUUCUGAGAAACCCACUAGCUCCUGCAAGUCUUGCCGACGACUACAUCAGAACCAAUCCUCUUCGUCUGGCUACCGACGCUCUGACCGGAAGUACUCCUCUAACCCGCGCUCAGGAAGUCCUUUCCAGAAGCAGUCCACUGGCUGCUCUCGAAGCGAGUACGCCUCUGAGCCGUCUUGAAGACAUCAAUGUUUUUAGAGGCAGAAUUCCCAGCGAAGCCGACAGCUUGUUCAGAAGUUCUCUUCUUCGUCCUCUUGAAGAAAAUGUUCUGCCCAGACGUCCCUUCAGCCCCCUAGAAGAGGGUUUCCUGAGAACCUCGCCUCUUCGCCGAGGUGUUGGCUUGCUCGGAGACAGGCUUUAUCCCGACAACAGCAUCUUGUCCUCCGCGGUGUCCCCUCUUCUUCGCGCUGAGACGACUCCUCGGCAACAGACCAAUCCAGCGCCUUGCCGACAGCAUCGUUUCCAGGAACGAUCCUUUGAGAACCUUCCCUCUUCGAGGUGAAGAAUCGCUGCUGAGGAACUCACCCUUCCAGAGUGGCUUGUUCCGCACCACGUCACCCUUCGGGCGAGUGGAUGAUGCCCUGUCGAGAAACACCCGGUUGGCCCGAGACGGUAUCUUCAGUGACGCACUCUCCCCUCUGAGCACCAAUCCCAGGCUCUGGGGCGAGGCACUUAGCAGGUCGACGGAAGACAUCUCCCUCGCCGAGGCAGCUCGCUUGCGCCUUGCCGAGAAUGGACCGUUCGGUACCCGAGAUACCCUCGGCUACAGCGACGCCCUCCUGAGAGCUUCCGACGAUCGCAUCAGCGGCGCUGUGACGAGUCCUGCCUGGAACUACGCAGACAUCCUCUCGCCAUCCUUGACCAGGAAUGCCUUGCAGCGUGCUUAUGGUGUGCCUGCCAUCCAGUCCCUCGCCGGGAUCCCUGCCCGCGUGUCCCAGUCGCCCUUCCAGUCGUCCCUGCUGGCCAAGGACGCCUUCAGGGGUCUGUCUCCAUUGACAUCAUGGAACUACCUUGCGCCUGUUCGCGCCUGAGCUGGGUCUCUUCUCAGUUUUUGAUGCAGAUGGUUCCCAUGAACGUACCAGAUAAAGCUUCAUGAGUUCACAGACGAAAGCAUCUAGCUGGCUACUAUGAAUGAAAAAAUAUAUAUGUUAGUGUGGUUUAUUUUAUGGGGAAGUUAAAACUAGGAACUGAAUAUUACUGUGUAGUGCGACUUGUUAGUACUUGCUCAACUAACCCAUCAGCAUUAGUUUUCAUGAGGUAACGAAGUUGAGGGGACUUGAUAUGAGCAGGUUACACAAGACUAAAAAAGUGCUUAUUUCUUUCUAGUACUUGAAUGUACAACAGCAACAGUGCUAGAAUCUUAGUAAACAUGGUUUUUCCAAUUUAAAA